CUGCCCCUGCCAUCCGAUUCCAUAAUUUCCGGCGCAGACCUUCCGGCGCAGCUCCUUCCGGCGAGGCGUUCAUCAGACAUUUUAAGGCGCAUUCAUCACUUCCGGCGAGCUACUUCCAAUCAGACCAAUGGAUAAUCAGCCUGCUGCUUCUCACGUUAUCAAUCCGGCUGAUGCCACCGCAUCAGAUCAAAAUCGACGGCCCUACCCAAGCAAGCGGAUCCGACUACCUACCGACGUCGCCAACCGGGUCAUCAGUCUCACACAGCAGCUCGGAUUCCGGACGGAUGGGCAGACGGUGAUGUGGUUGCUGCAGCAGGCUGAGCCGGCCAUCCUCGCUGCUCAGUGGACAGCAAACUACCCACCAUCCGCCGCCGCCGCUUUCCAGCCCCCGAUCCCCGUUCCCGGCGGCGUCUACACAGAGAAUCUACCUGCCUCGAACAUAACGGCGCCGCCGCUGAUCACUUCCCCCGUCGUUUUCGGCGGCACACAAGCUCCGACAUACUAUCCCGUCAUCACUACUCCACUCGUCUACCAGCCGCCGCCGCCGCCCUACAGCUGGGGUUAUCCCAUCCCCGGCGCUUACCAACCCCCGUACGGUGGUGGGCAUCUAUGAUCGAUCAUCAUCGGUCAUUUUUUAAUUAUGUAAUUUUAUUUCAUGAUUUCAUCCCAUUCCGGCCAGACCCUGCCGGCCGGUGAAGUUAGAUUAGUAAUUAAGUUUAAUUUAAUUCAGCCUCUUUAAUUUAAUUAUAUGAUUAGAUAUAUAUCUAAAUGCAGGGUUUGAUUAAUUGUUGCAUUUGAUUAUUGUCUCAAAUUUAUUUAUUUUGUUUUGACAUGUAUAUAUCCG